UGGCGCAUCAGGGGGCGAAUGCACCUGGGCCUGCGCCAUCUGGAGGCCCGGACCCCCUCAAUGUGUAUUUAAAAAUAAUAAUGUACAGCAGUGCUAAGUAAGCUGAGGGAGUAAUUACGCGCUACCAUCAUCGAUUUUACAUAGGCUAUACAUGUAACUGCAUUUAAACCACCCACGGACCACGCCAAGUUACAUAAAUCAAACACACCCUCUCAGCAUUCACUAAUGUAGAACAUUAGCUUCUGGAAAAACGCUUGGUGUUUUAAUUUAAAAUGCCAGAGACAUAUAAAGAGAAGACCAGUGCGCAAAGAGAAGGAGAAGCGAGAUCGGAAAUAGGAAUUUUCAAAACUGAAGAAACUGGAUUAUUUUUUUUUUGGUUUGUACUAUGUUGUUGUCAGCAAAUGCGCGCAAAGAUGAGCUAACGUUAGCUAAAAACAGAAGAUGGCGCUCGGGCUAGCAGCACCGUGGUCUCUCCUUCAUUACCAUGGAACAGUAGACUGGACUUUUCCUCAUUUGAAAAUGAUAAAACCAAGAAAUUUGGCCAAGUCAUAUCAUGGAGAAGUUUGCAUAGAGCAAAGCCAGCAGAAUAGCGUCUAAAUGGGCAUAAGGUGCCAAGAUGCCGUCCCUUGGCUGGCUGCUGGCUCUGUCUCUUGCAGCGCUGACAGGAAACGCUAUUGGCGCUGCUGCAGAUGAGCAAACGGAGAGGAACUGCUCACUAUCCCCACCGUACCUUCCCAGCACAGCAGUAAAUACCACUCUCCAGCUGCAGGAGUUACGAGAACGAAUGCUUCCCCUGAAUAUCUCUGCAUACAUUAUCCCUGGCACUGAUGCUCACCUGAGUGAGUAUAUUGCACAGCGUGAUGCCAGAGUGGCCUUCAUGACCGGCUUUACAGGCUCUGCAGGCACCGCCAUAGUUACUCAGGCCAAGGCCGCUCUGUGGACAGACAGCCGCUACUGGAUUCAGGCUGAGAGACAGUUGGACUGCAACUGGGAGCUGGAAAAAGACGUGUCCAGUAUGGCAAAGUGGCUCAUCUCCGAAGUCCCACCAGGCGGCAAGAUCGGCUUCGACCCGUUCCUCUUCUCCCUCAAUAUGCAGGAGACCUACAGCGACAGUCUGGAGUCAAGCAAUCGCAGCCUCGAGUCCAUCCCUGAUAACCUGGUCGACCAAGUGUGGAAGGAAAGACCACCCAUCCAGCCUGAUGGCCUCACACAUCUGCCCAACAGAAUCAUAGAAAGGUCCUGGCAGAUCAAGGUGAAGGACAUACGGAGCCAGAUGCAGGACAGUCCAUACACACCCACUGCUCUUCUGCUUUCAGCUCUGGAUGAAACGGCUUGGCUGUUCAAUAUGCGCGGCAACGACAUCCCAUACAAUCCUUUCUUCUACUCCUACACACUGCUGACGAUGGAUGAGAUCUGGCUCUUCCUCCACAUGGACAGAGUGACAGAGGAGUUAAAGGUGUAUCUGAACGCCUCCUGUGAAGGUCCUCUCUGUGUGCAGCUAAAAAAUUACGACACUGUCCGUGAUCAUUUAAAGACGUAUGUGGCCCAACCUGGUGUUAAAGUGUGGAUCAGCACAGGGUACACAAACUACGCACUUUAUGAGGUCAUUACACCAGAGGAGAAACUAAUGACAAGCUUCUACUCUCCUGUGCUGGAGACUAAAGCCGUGAAAGAUGAGACUGAACAACGGAUCUUGAGAGAUGCUCAUGUGAGGGAUGCAGUCGCAGUCAUCCAGCUGCUAAUGCGGCUGGAGAAGGCCGUGCCUGAGGGGAAGGAGACUGAACUGACGGCUGCACAAUAUGUCAAUGAGUGUCGUCGCCAACAGAAGGACAACAGAGGCCCAAGCUUCGAGACCAUCUCUGCUAGUGGACCCAAUGCUGCGCUCGCACAUUACAGCCCAACAGAAGAAACCAGCAGGAGGUUGACAGUUGAUGAGAUGUAUCUGAUCGACUCUGGUGGCCAGUAUUUAGAUGGGACCACUGACAUCACUCGGACAGUUCACUGGGGAACCCCCACAUCCAUGCAGAAGGAGGCCUUCACUCGAGUGCUCAUGGGAAACAUUGAGAUAUCUCGAACCAUAUUUCCCUCAGGGACAAGAGGCAUAAACAUGGAGCUGCUGGGUCGCCGGGCAUUGUGGGAGGUGGGCUUGAACUACGGCCACGGCACGGGUCAUGGUAUUGGAAACUACUUUGGAGUUCAUGAGUGGCCAGUUGGCUUUCAGAGCAACAACAUUCCUUUCACAACAGGCAUGUUCACGUCUAUAGAACCUGGAUACUACAAGGACAAUGACUUUGGGAUCCGCAUUGAAGAUAUAGCCGUGACUGUCCCUGUCCAAACAAAGUAUGGUCAUAACUACCUGACUUUUGACACAGUGUCACUGGUUCCAUAUGACAAAAAACUGAUUGACACUUCUCUCCUCAGACCAGAACAGCUUCAGUGGCUGAAUAAAUACUAUGAGACAAUCCGGAGGGUGGUCGGUCCUGAGCUGGACAAACAGAGAUUAUAUGAGGAGAAGGAAUGGAUGCUAAGAAACACCGAGCCCUUCAUGGCGUCUGAAUCUUCUGCAGGCAUCUGUUCCUCUUCGCUGACCCUCAUCAUUCUUGCCAUCGCUCUUCUUCACAUUAUUUGAACAUGUCCAUGUUUUUUGCACUUAAUGCAUUCACAGCAGACUUGCACAAAUGUGGUUCACCUAUGCAGUCUCUACUGAGCAGCUAUACCAGGUUGAGAGAUGAACUCCAGGGCUCCUUUGGAAAAGAGGUUGUAAACCUCAAUGGGACUUCACCAAAUAAAAUAACAUUUUUAAUUAAAGGAUAUAUUUGUUAAAUAGUCAAUUUAUCUGAAUAAAUGUCUAGUAAUGUGAUGUUAAAAUUUUAAAUAUCUCGUGUGAUUUUUCUUUUUAUUUUUAUGUUGAAGCUUUUUGCCUUUUAAACUGGAUAUUUGUAUGACCAGCUGAUAUAAUUUCUAUAUUAU